GUGCCACACGCUUCGCCGCGGGAGCGCGCCCUGGGUCGAUUUGGCUGGAGGAUAACCACCACGGAGUGGCUCCCGGCUCGCCAAGUCGUCUUCAUAUUGGCAUUCUACUCCUGCAAGCGCUCCAGCGGGGCAAGCUAGUCCACAUGGCCAGGCUGCUCCUCCUCCUCCUCGUGGUCGUCGACCUGGCCUUCAGCUCGCCGGCGGCAGCGUACGAGCGGCGGCGGAACGCCAUCACGCACGUCAAAGGGUUCGACGGCCCUCUGCCUUUCUACCUGGAGACGGGGUACGUGGAGGUGGACGACACGCACGGCACGGACCUCUUCUACUACUUCAUCCAGUCGGAGCGCAGCCCGAAGGAGGACCCCCUCAUCCUGUGGAUCACCGGCGGCCCCGGCUGCUCCGCGCUCUCCGGCCUCUUCUUCGAGAUCGGCCCUCUCAAGUUCGACGUGGCCGGCUACACCGAGGGGUUCCCGACCCUGGUCUACUUCGAGGACUCGUGGACCAAGGUGAGCAACGUCAUAUUCCUCGACGCGCCCGUCGGCACGGGCUUCUCCUUCGCGCGGGAGGAGCAGGGCCUCAACGUCAGCCUCACCGGCACCGGCGCGCAGCUCCGGAUAUUCCUUGAGAAGUGGAUCGCCGACCACCCCGAGUUUGCCUCCAACCCGCUCUACAUCGGCGGCGACUCCUACUCCGGCUACACCGUCCCGGUCGCCGCGCUCGAGAUCGCCAAUCAUAAUGAUGCCGGCCACGCAAGCGGAGGCCCCAAGCUCAACCUGCAGGGCUACCUGGUGGGCAACCCUGGCACGGACGACAGGUACGACACCCCGGGCAAGGUGCCUUUCAUGCACGGCAUGGGGCUCAUCUCCGACGAGCUCUACGAGGCGGCGCAGGUCAGCUGCAGCCGGGACGACUUCGUCACCCCGAGCAACGCGCGGUGCGCCAACGCUCUCGACGCCAUCAGCGUGGUCACCACCGACAUCAACCCCGUGCACGUCCUGGAGCCCUUUUGCGGCCUCGCGCUGCGAGACCCCGGCGGCGCCACCGUCUUCACGAAGACGGCAAGGCUGCUGCUCCAGGACAACCUGCAGCAUAGGCUGGCCCUCCCUGUCGAGUGCCGGGACAACGGGUACCGGCUGUCGUACAUCUGGUCGGACGACGCAGAGGUGAGGGAGACGCUGGGCAUCCGCGACGGCUCCGUCGGCGCGUGGAGCCGGUGCACCACGCUGGCGCACUUCCGGCACGACGUGCGAAGCGCAGUACCGUACCACAUCAACCUGACGCGCCGGGGCUACCGGGCGCUGGUGUACAACGGUGACCACGACCUGGACUUCACCUUCGUCGGCACGCAGGCAUGGAUCAGGACGAUGGGCUACCCCGUGGUGGCGCCCUGGAGGCCGUGGUACUCCAAGCAGCAGGUCGCGGGGUUCACGACGGAGUACGCCUACAACCUCACCUACGCCACCGUCAAGGGCGCCGGGCACACCGCGCCGGAGUACCGCCCCAAGGAGUGCCUCGACAUGCUUGACAGAUGGACCUCGCCCGCCGGCAAGCUCUGACUCCGCUCCAUUCCGAACCACGCAUUUCGUGUGCAUACUAUUUCAAAGAAACAAAAUGGCUCGUGCGUCGACUUAGAGAUAGUUGCUUCACAUGUGUGCAUAAUAGAAAUAGCAAAAUCGUCAAGUGAUCAAUGGUCAAAUAUGCUUGGAGUCCGAAGUCUGACCAGUAUAUGGCGUUAUUGUAGUGGUUAGCCAUCCACUUCAUGUGUACACGUUUUGAAAUCAAAUCUAAGUAGUACAGUAUUUUGGAUAA